UUGUUCGUCACUAGUCCAUUGCCCAUUCUCUGUCAAACUCGUUUUCUCUCACCCUCUAUAUAUUUCCUCUUCCUGUUAUUACAAAGUCAGAGAGAGAGAGAGAGAUUACACUCCUACCUUAAUAGGUGGGAGAAGAAAGAGAAGAGGAGAGCGUGUUUGAUAUUUAUAUGAUCCAACGUUGAAUCUUCUGCCACAACAUACACCAUCAUCAAUGGCCGUGACCACUCCCUGUCUCAAUGCCACAGAAAAGAAGCACUGGUGGCUUACCAACAGAAAGAUCGUAGAGAAAUACAUGAGAGACGCUCGGAGUCUGAUAGCGACGCAGGAACAGAGCGAGAUCGCUUCAGCGCUGAACCUUCUCGACGCGGCUCUGGCGAUCUAUCCGCGGCUCGACGAAGCGCUGGAGCUGAGAGCGAGGUCGCUGCUGUAUCUGAGAAGGUUCAAAGACGUGGCGGAUAUGCUUCAGGACUACAUUCCGAGCCUGAGAAUGUCGAACAACGACGACUCUGGUUCUUCGUCUGUUUCUUCGGAUAGUUCCCUUUCGAGGGAGGGUGUGAAGCUUCUCCCUUCCUCGCCCUCCGAUCAGACUUUCAAGUGCUUCUCUUUCUCUGACUUGAAGAAGAAGGUUAUGGCAGGCAUGUGUAAAACUUGCCACAAAGAAGGGUAUUGGAGAUACUUGGUUCUGGGGAAAGCAUGUUGCCACCUAGGCCUAAUGGAAGACGCAAUGGUCCUUCUCCAAACCGGCAAACGCCUAGCCACCGCCGCAUUCCGCCGCGAGAGCGUGUGCUGGUCCGACGACAGCUUCUCCCUCUCCAACUCCCUCUUCUCCGGCGACACCCCCACCCCCACCACCCCACCCCGCGCCCCACUCCUGGAGUCCGAAGCCGUCACCCAACUCCUCGCCCACAUAAAGCUCCUCCUCCGCCGCCGUGCCGCCGCCCUCGCCGCCCUGGACGCCGGCCUCCACUCGGAAGCCAUCCGGCACUUCUCAAAAAUCGUGGACGGCCGCCGCGGCGCCCCUCAGGGCUUCCUCGCGGAGUGCUACAUGCACAGAGCCUCCGCGCACCACUCGGCCGGGCGAAUCGCGGACUCAAUCGGCGACUGCAACAGAACCCUCGCCCUGGACCCCACCUGCAUCCACGCCCUCGAAACCCGAGCCUCCCUCCUCGAAUCCAUUCGGUGCUUCCCAGACUCCCUCCACGACCUCGAACACCUCAAGCUCCUCUACAACACCAUCCUCCGGGACCACAAGCUCGCGGGCCCCACCUGGAAGAAGCGCCACCACAGCGUACGCUACAGAGAAAUCCCCGGGAAGCUCUGCGCUCUCACCGUAAAAACCCAGGAACUCAAACAGAGGAUCGCUUCCGGGGACACCGGGAACGUGGACUACCACGCGCUCAUCGGGUUGCGGCGCGGGUGCGGGCGUUCGGAGCUGCAGAGGGCGCAUCUGUUGUUGUGUCUGAAACACAAACCCGACAAGGCCACGUGCUUCAUGGAGCGGUGCGAGCUGGCGGACGAGCGCGACCUCGACUCGGUUAAGGAAAGGGCGAAAAUGUCGGCGCUGUUGCUCUACAGGUUGCUCCAGAAGGGUUACACCAAUGUGAUGGGUACCAUCAUGGAGGAGGAGGCUGCUGCCGAGAAGCAGAGGAAGAAGGUUCUAGAAGCUCAAUUGAUGAGUAAUGAGAAAUUGGAAGACAAGAAGUGCACCGUUUCAUCGCCUUCGACGGCGAACCCCUCUGUUUAUCAGGGGGUGUUUUGCCGCGAUAUUGCGGUGGUUGGGAACUUGCUUUCGCAAUCGGGGUUCAACCGCUCCAUUCCGGUGAAGUACGAGGCGAUGAGCUGCUGAUUCCUCCAUCCCCCUAAGAAUCUCUGCUUCGUCGCUUUCUUGUACAGAUGGACAAUUUUGUCACCCUCUUUUUCUUUUUUGCUCUACAUUUCAAUGCUCAUUUAUUUAGAUGUACAAAGUAUAUUAGUUUUCAACUUUACUUCUAAUAUUUGCAGCUGCAUGCCGCUAAACUAAAUCUUGCCAAGUUUUAAAGUA